AUGGUGCGCCUCGCAUCCGCAUCCCGUCAUCGGCACGAGUAUCUUCUUCUCUUUCAUCUUCGCGCUUUGUUGAACUUGCCGUCGCUCGUCAGAGUUGUCGUCUGCGAAGCCACGGGGCUCCAGGAGUUCGGCUUCGAGGGGGAGAAGAUCCUUGGAAGUGAGCUGCAGGUCAAGCAGAAUGCGCGCUUGGCUCGAGCACUGAAGCGCUUGGCGGGAGAGCUGUAUGGGAGCGACGUGCACUGGCAGCUGGAGCUGUUGCAGAAUGCCGACGACAACUCCUACCAGAACGGGACCGUGCCGACUGCGGAGUUCCUGCUGCGAGCUUCAGGAGGUGGUGAGGUCAUCUUCCGCUGCAACGAGACCGGAUUUCGAGAAGCCCAGUGCUCAGGACAGGAAAUGUCGAGAUGUUCGGUGUUCACGCUACAGGUCGGCGUUGCCAAAUACGGCCCCGGCGGUCGUGCGAUUCCGAGUGUCGUUGCCACUGGUGAGAAAGGCCUUGGCUUCAAGGCAGUCUUCGCCCUGACGGACCGCCCACGCCUUUUCUCCGGACCUUACCGCUUGGAGUUUGAUUCACAACAUCCAAGUGGCAUUGGCUACGUGCUGCCCCGGUGGCUAGAAGAUGCCGAGGAAGCUCGCGAGCUAUGCAGGCCCGCCUGGGGCUCCGUGCUUCGAAUGCCCCUGCGGCCGGAGCUUCAACCUCGAAAGGAGGAGCUCUUCCGACGCCUGGCCUCCUUGCCGCCCUCGCUCCUUCUCUUCUUGAAGCGACUCCGCGAGGUCUCCGUGGAGCUUCAAGGGAUGUCGUCUGCUUCCGAGGAAGGACCGCGGCACGAGUCCUUUGCAGGAGCCGACUGCUCGGCCCUGCGCGUUCGGUAUGCGGAGGACGCAACCGUCGAAGCACGCUGGGAGGAGAUGACGGGCCCUGUCAAACUUGAGGUGUCUCGAGAUGGAGGCCGGAGUUGGGAAGCGGACCAUUGGCUGCUUCUCCGCCGACGGUUUCAGGUGCUGUGGGGUUUGUCCAAGCCCGGCUUGGCGUCGCCGCCUUCCACGCUCCUGGAGUUGGCACUGCCGAAGAGCCCGGAAGGUGGCUUCGACCGAAGCCGCGGUGCGCAGCAGGUCUUCGCUUUCCUUCCGGUGCGAACCUACGGCUUGCCCUUCGCUCUACAAGCCGAUUGGGCCGUGUCCUCCUCCAGGGAAGAACUGCUUGCCGGCUGUGCCUGGAAUGAGUUCCUGAAGGCGCAGGUGCCGCAGCUGAUGCUGGAGCUGGUGGCCGCCGUCCAGGCAGAGCCUGUGGAAUCCGCCCUCCGCUGGACCUACUACGCUGCGAUUCCUGCAACGGCAGCCUCCACCUCCACGUUCUUCAGGCCGGUGGUGGCUCAGGUCCUGGCGAAGCUCCGAGGCUGCGACUGCAUGCUCACGGACGAAGAGACGUUCUGCCAGCCACAGCAGGCGAUGCGGUGCUCAGACGAGGCUCGCGCGGCGUUUCAUGGAUGCUCGCCCCUCCCUGCUGCUUUGCGUGCGCAAGGUUUCCACUUGCUGCACGAGAAGGUCGAGGCCUCCGCACCGGCCGGCUUGCUGGAUAGCCUCGGCGUCCAACGCCUCGGUGCUGCAGCGCUGCUGCGACUGCUGCCCAAGACACAGGCUUUCCCCGGACUGGAUUCAUGGAGACAGAUCCUCGUACUGCUGGACCAGCUUUUAGACGCUGCACCCCGCAAUGAUGCUCCUCGACUGGUGGAGGUGGCCCGACAACUGCCUUUGCUUCCACUAAAGGGGGACGGCUCACUGCAGCCGGCAGCCAGCAAGUUGGUCCUGCCGCCCGCGAAGCCGGAGGUGGAAGGCUUUCCGCCGGAGCUGCUGGCGGAGCUGCGCGCCGUGGAUCCCAGGCUGUUUGCUGAAGGCGGAGCGGAUACGGCGGAUACUGAUGAAGGAACCUUGGAUGCCCUAGCCGCCGCUCGAAUCAGGAAGUUGCUGCGCAGAUUGGGAGUAGUCCCACUGACGCCUCGACUGGUCGUGAAGGACAUCAUCGGGCCUCUCUUUUCGACUUGUGCCGUUGUUCCAUGCGUCGUUUCAGUUGAUGAGGCGCCUCGACCGCCCUCGGCAUUGCUGGCUCUGGGCGGUUUCCUGGCGCAGAAUGCAGCGUUGGCGGAAGAACUGGGCCCAAGCGCCAUCGGCUGGCCGCUGAAAGCCCUGGACAAGGUGGCUCUGGGACGGCGCUUCUCCGCCCCGGCACUGCACUCGCCCCGUGCAGCUGCUUUCCUGGAGGCAGCAAAAGGAGUCCUCGACAUUCACCUGCCUGCGGCUCCUGCGAAGCUUGGAACGACCACAGCCUUGGGUGAGGCCUUGGAGACCUUGGGCUUGGCUUUGCCAGGUCCCUUGGUCACCGCAGCGGAUGGGGACUUCCGGAGUCCUGAGUUCGAGCAGCUGACAGUGGCCAUCAUAAAGGAAGCUCGUGAAACAGGCAGUCUCGAAAGGGCACGUUUGCUGGCCCAGGCACUCAAUGUUGCGUGGCAAAGCAGCUACCUACGCUACGCUCGUCGUGGUGACGGUGUAGUCUCUGGCUUCCUGCUUGCGCUGCAGUCCUCCCCGUGGCUUCCUCCCGACGACCCGGCGGACGGUCACGAGGCCCCGGAGGCGGGGGGUCUCUGCUGCCCGGCCGAGCUGGUCGCCGGCACUGCGGCCGUCCGUGCAGCGCUGCCGGAUGCCGCGCUGCUGAAAGGCCGCCUCUGCUCCGCCGUCUCGGGCGCCUUCGCAGAGGCUUUGGGCGUGGUCACAGAGCCAUCUGUGGAGCUGGUGAUGAAGGUGCUACGUGGCUUCGUGACACACAGCCCGGUCGGGCCUGACAGCGCAACCGCAAUCUACGGAUACCUAGAGCGAGAAGGUGCCGACUUGGCAGAACUGCGAAGGAUGCCGUCCGUCGUAGUCGCGGCUGGAGAAGCAGCACGCGUCCCUGCUGACGUAGUGUGGGAGGAUGCCAACUGCGACCUUCCGGCUUUGCAGCAACUGUACAGUGUACGGUGGCGUCGAUUUUUCGUCAUUGGCCUGGGAGUGCCCGAGCGUCCCACAGCCGAGCAGGUCCUCAGGCGCCUGGACCAGCUCAGUGCAAGCAAUGAGCCGAGCGCUGCCCUCUGGCCGCUUCUCCUGCGUGUGGCAAAGGAACUCUCAGAUCCCUCGUCAGCUGACGCAGAAGCUUGGGCCGCUUUGCCAGCGGCACUCGCGGCCCGUCGUUGCGUGCCGCUGCAGCUGGGCGGUUUGGGCGCUCCGAAAGAAGGCGUCCUCCUCGAGGAUGCGGAGGCUCUGGGGGUGCCGGAGGCGGCUCUGGCCAUGCUGAGGGCCCAGGCGCCGCUGGCGGCCCCAGCACCAAAAGCGAAAGACGCGGAGCACUGGCCGGUCUUGGCCGAAGCACUGAAGCUACAAAGCUUGAGCACGGUGUGCUCCAUCACCUCAAUCCACGGCGGCGAGGAGAGACCGGCUCCUGUGAUUGCAAAAGCUGUUGCUUCGCUGCUGCCGCUCGCACAACGGUUCCUCAUCCACAAGCACCGAGCCGUCUAUGAUGCUGUCAAUGCGACAUGUUUGGCCACCAAAGUGGAGAAACUCAUUGUCCGUGAAGUAGAUCCACCAUUGAAGCUUCGCUGCGUCUUCUCGGUGGUGCCUGGCCAAGAUCCAAUCCAGGCGGAGGUCGAGAGUGACUGCUACUUGGAGGUCAGGAGUGGGCGUGUGGAGGCCGCUACAUCCUAUGAAGUGCGACUGCGAAUGCUGCCCGGAGCCACACUCCCUGCGCUUUGUGUGGAGUUGGCACGACUGUUGCUUCCUCCGGCGAAGCCAGCAAAGCAGGACGAGGCGAGGCUGCGACAGACACGCGAGGCCUUGGCCACCUUUCUGGCUUCGGCAGCCUUGGCAGGGGCAUCGGGUGCCUCAUCGCUCUGCGAGGCCCUGCAGAUCCCAGCGUUGCCCAGUGAGGACUCAGCUGACUAUACGUCACCCUGGCCGAUGCCGAAGGAGGUCGCCGAGCAGCUGGAGUUGGAGCGCCGGCUGCUCGAGGCGGCGCAGGAGACCGAGCCUGAGAGGCUUCUGCCGCCAAAGGACGAGGAGGCACCUGCAGAGCCUCCGAGCAAGAGAGCGCGGACGGAGGGGCCUGAGGCCGUGGUUGCGGAGGCUGCGAUGUUAGAAGGCGCCGCAAAGGACCGCUUGGCAGAGAUGGAUCUCGGAGAGGAGCACGAGACCGGCUCAGCUGCCAGAGACGAGGCGGACGCUGGUGCUGACCCGGCUUCAGGCACUGCCUUGGAAGAGGUGAGUGAGACCGACAUGAAAGAUGCAGAGGCGUUGUUAAAGAACAUCAGCGUGAUCGACCAGCAAAUUGGGGAGAACGGUGAAGGAAAGGGCCCUGGCAAAGGAAAGGGCAAGAGCAGCGGCAAGGGAGGUGACAAACCAGGCAAGGGCGACAAGGAGCGCGGUGCAGCGGAGUUGGGACGCAUCUUGGACCGACUUCCAGGUGUCUCGAAUGCUCCGGAGGACGAGUCUUCGGAGGCAAAGAAGGAGAAAGCGUUUAGAACUCGCGUGUACGAUUUGGAGGAUCUUCGUGCCCAGUCAAAGAAGAUGCGUCUUGGGCCGUUGCCGAACCGGAACGACUUGCCACAGGAGGAGCGUGAGAAGGUUGGGCGUUGGGGCGAGCAGUUCGUCUACGAGUACUUGCAGAAGAAACUCGAGCAUGAGGACAGCCAAAAGCGCGUGAUCUGGGUCAACGAGGUGGAGGAGACUGGCUUUCAGUAUGACCUGCGAAUUGAGGACAGCAGCAGCGGAGAUGUAGAGGCCUAUGUAGAGGUCAAAACAUCGCGUGCCAAGGACAAGCAGCUUUUCGAGAUGAGCUACAGAGAGUGGACGUUUGCGCAGAAGGAGGGAAGCAAGUUUGUCAUCUUUCGGGUUUCCAACGCUGGCAAGGAAGAUGUCGAGCUCUGCUCAAUUACGAAUCCCUUCCGACAGUGGAAGGAGCUGAACUUGGGUCUCUGCUUGACUUUCUGA